CUUACAGCCAUCUCGCAGCCCUGGAAACAUGACGUUGGAACAGAAAACCAGGCUGCUGUAAACUAAGCACCCCACACUGUGAUUUUAUACUAUGAUGCUGAGAUUAAGGUUCAAGCCUUUGGCAGAGACAUAACCCAGUUUAUAGAAUUAACGGACCCGAUGGGGAAAACGCGUCAUUUAUGCAGGUCAGGUUCAUUGUACAGGUACAUGUCUAUGCAGAAGACCCACAUGAAGCACCUGGAGAAACUCACAGGGGCUGCGAGAGACGCUGCCACACGGACCGGAGCUUGGAAAGCGUUCACACAGCGGGGAAAACACCCUAUGCAAGUUAUAUCACCGGAGGUCGGCUCAUGCAGACUAGGGCUCCCUGACCUAUACAGUUACACGGUCAAGACAGCGACCCCCAACUCGGUGGAGGAAAGCCAGCCCGAGUGGAGGAGCUACUGCCUUCCAGCUAGGGAAGAUCCCAGCCACACCGUUCCCCGGUGCGGCGCCCCCUGGUGGGGCCCUCAUCCCUCCUCCAAAUAUCAGCGGGCCACCACAUCCUGGAAUGUUUCCAGCGCCCCCUAUGGGCGGUCCUCCAAUGAUGCCCAUGAUGGGGCCCCCUCCCCUUGGUAUGAUGCCUGGUGGGGCAGCUCCCAGCAUGCGCCCCCCCAUGGGUAGCCCCAUGCAGAUGAUGCCUGGCCCCCCCAUGAUGCGGACCCCAGCUCGACCCAUGAUGGGGCCCCUUGGUCCUGGCAUGGCCUGGCCUGACCGGUAGAUCUGUUCCAGCUCUGGCAGUCCCCGUUCUCCCCCCCAUGAUUGGGACACCAUGCAAGUGAAGACAUGAAGCUCAGCGUACUGUCAGUCCCCCCAAAUACCACACAGACUGUCAAAUCCCAGCACCUGUUCACUUGAACCAGGGGGAUUUCUAUGCUGGACCUAAUGUAGCCAAAGUCUUCAAGCUAUCUGAAUAAAGUAUUUUGUAAUGCCGCCUGGAUCCAACGAUGCAUAGGUUAGGUAGAGGUGUUCCUCUUUCUUCCCUAAUUUUUGAAUCGAUGCCCUUUAUUCCUGUUUGUAGUUACAAAAUCUGCUUUUUCUUUUCGUAAAUGCAGAGAUGCACGUGAACCUUUUGGACAAGAUUUUGUGGUUUAGCUUUUUAAAGCUGCUUUAUAGUUUUAAGUUAUUUGAGAGAUUAAAAAAAAACACUGAAUUUGGUUGUGUGCCAUUUAAUUAUCUUGUCAAAAUAAACGUAUGCAUUUUUAA